AAAAUGGAUUCGAUGAAUUCCUUUCGAAUAAGUAGGGUGAUAAGAUUGUCGCUCCGUAGAAACGAGUGACAGGACGCUCACUUGACCAUCGCUAAAAUACUUUUACUCACCGGUAUCUGCAUUUCGAUUUAUUUCGUUUUUUGGUGGUGGAAAGAAUUAUUUUUCGUUAUCACUCCAUAGCCAAGGUUGCCUCGACAUCAUGGAUUUCACUUGAAAGUGUGGGUUUUAAAUUUACGAUAGAACAAUAUAUUAUUAUUUGUCAUUCGAAUUGACAUGCGGUGGGCAUAUUUCGUGCAAAAAUUGACAAACAACUUGUUUCAGACGUCGUUGCGUCGAGACGAUCGUACGUUCGACUAUAAAUAAAAUUAAAAGUGUAAAAUUGUAGCAAAGGUAAUUGUUGAAAAGAUGGAAAAGGCUGCUUCGUAAAGGCUCGACCGACCUGAACUAUUCUGUAGUAGAAAUAAUGGAAAAUAUAAUAGAAUAUAAUAGUAUUAUAAUAAUGCAGAAAUCAAUCUCUGCGGUCUUCAUCUUCAUCGCUCUAGUAUUCGCCCCAGCUGGCUCGGCUCAUCCUGCGGCAAACGAACCAGGUAUCAACGUAAUCAAAUUUCGUCAGGUGCAGGACGAUUUGAGUGAUAUGGCUUUCGUUUCGAUUGAUCGAAAUUCGUCAGGAGGUGAAAUAAAUUUGUUGGAAAAUUGGGCAGGCAAGGUAGUAGUGGUGACUGGAGCUUCGGCGGGGAUAGGCGAAGGAAUAGUGAAAUAUUUAGUCAGAUCAGGAUUGACGGUUGUAGGACUCGCCAGAAGAAAAGCGAAACUGGAGGAGAUCGAACAAAGUUUAGCGAACGCCAAGGGAAAAUUCUACUUUAUCCAGACCGACGUUUCUCAAGAAGAUGAGGUCGAGAAAGCGUUUAAGUGGAUCAGAAAUAAUUUAGGAAAUGUUCACGCCUUGGUAAAUAAUGUCAAAACCGCUGUCGUUGGAACAAUACUUGAGGUCGAUAACGACGCAUUGAGAACCACGUUCAGGACCAACGUGAUGGGAUUAAUUUACUGUACUAAAGAAACCGUGAAAAUUAUGAGGGAGAAGAAAAUCGAGGGAACGAUAAUCAAUAUGAACGAUGUCAUGGGGCAUCGUAUCUACGAUAUGCCUUCCAUUCCGCUCAACGUUUACCCUGCGACUAAAUACGCAGUAACUGCACUUACUGAGAUAUUUCAGAACGAGAUGGAAAAUGCUAAUUUAAAUAUUAGGGUGACGAGCCUCAGUCCAGGUUUGACUACAACUAGUUUUGGAAUACCUUCCGGUGUAUUUAGACACGAUAAAGUCGAAUUGCCCUAUCCACGUUUGGAGCCCGAAAAUAUCGCCCAUAUCGUCGGUUACAUUCUUUCGUUACCUCAAACCGUCCAGGUCAGUGAGAUGACCGUCAGACCGCUUCGAAAAUUUCUUGACGGUAAUAAUUAGGAUAAUUAGGAUUUUCAUGAAUAAUACAUAUUUUAUUUUUCGUUUCCUUUUAAUUGUUCCAAGAAAAUUGUAAGCAUAUUAUAAUAUAGCUGGCGAUGGUAGUCGUCAUCUGCGAAAUGACAGACAAUUAAUAUUUCAACGCGAUUAUGCUAUCGAAAAUAAGAAGUGAUGAAUUAAUUAA